AUGGAGUUCUGGAGAGAUGGAGGAGCUACUGUUAUGAACUCUAUAGGGAAGAAGAUGGACUCGAUGUUGAAAGGAAGUGGGAUGAUCACGUCAGAGAACCAGAUAUAUUGCUUUCUGAGGCACAGUCUAGAAAAGCAGAUAAUUACUGGCCUGAUGAACGGGAGACGUGCUCAAGGCAGGGCACCGACAAGAUGGGCUGACGCAGUGAAGAACGCGGUGGGCGGCAGCAUGCAACGAGCGGUUCACACCGCCUACGACCGCACGCAGUGGAGGAGAACAUCAUGUGGUCACGAUCCUCAGCAU